AUCCUGGCCAUGAGGUUUCAUGCCUCGCUCUACUGACAGGAGACACUGGACAUAUGGCGCAGCAUGACUUUGUUCCAGCCUGGCUUAACUUCUCCACGCCUCAGCCCGCUAAGGUAGGUGAGGCCAAGGCCCAGAGAGGGGCUGGAGUUAGGGCAGGACAGCUAAGCUGCUGUAUCCUAUUCCUACAGACGGACAUUGACCCCAAGUGAUACUGUGAUAAUCCAGUUAUAGUCAUGGCUGUCUUCUCUGUUGUUCAGUAGAGGCCAAAAUUAAGCAAAAGCUGUUUUACAUGCAUACUGUACUCAGUACUGUAUAUCACUACUCUCUAGUUGUACCUUCUGUUCAAGACAUAUUUUCCUUAUGUACUGGUUAAAUAACUGAUCAAAUCACUAUAGCAAUCCCAGAUGUUCUGGAGCUCUUAAAAAUCAUGUCUCAAAGUAAAAUGGGAUGACAUUCUAGACAGUCGUUUUUAUUUUUUCUUUAUUUAAGAAGCUUUUGACUUGGAUUUCUUAGUAGCAUUGAGGGUAAGCCAUCCAGUGCAGUAAUGUCUGGGCAGGAUUUCAGCAGAUUUCAGGGAAAGUAGCAUCUGGUUUGGUCAUUUGGUGGUGUUAGUACUGUAUUCAUGGUGCCAUAUAGCAUGUUGAGUUUGGUAUAGUGUUUAAUAGCUUGUGAGGUAUUUCUGAGUGUGGUUACUGCACACACCAUUCACUCUCUUGUUCUCCCCCUCUUUCUCAGUCUCAUGCAGCCUUUGAGAGGCAUGGAGAGCACCUUGCCCGUGGUGAUGCUCUGCCUGGUGUGAGCCGCCGUCGCCAUAACUCCUCUGACGGCUUCUUCAACAACGACCCCCUCAGAGCUCCUGCAGGUAACACACACACACUACCUACACCCAAACAGGGUUUACCAGUGUGUGUAUGGUAUGUUGGAUUAUGUAGUCCGUUAAAUUAUUAACCUUCGGUUGCAAGGAGACGGGUGGCAUCAGCUCUCUCUGCUGCGGCAUGACUCUGUGGACUCUGGCAUGGCCAAGGGGGGUCUGGGAAGGGGUCUGCCCACUUGGCACACUGGUACCUGGGGACAGGAGAGACCCCAGCAUGGGCGACACCCCAAGCGACCUGUGGGUGAGAGGGAGAGACCAGGGGCCCUCCGCCAGUGCAACGGGACCUUCCAUCCCCGUAGAGGCCCUCUCCCCUCUAAUGAAGGAGGCCAAAAGGACAAGCUGAAGUUUGUGGAGGAGGGUUUUGUGAGUGCCCUACCUUUAUCUCCUUGUAUUUCCCCACUUCCUCGCCGCCUCAUUCUCCAUAUUGUUUUAGCUUGAAUAGUAACCUGCUUUGUGAUGAUGAUGAUAUUUUUCAACUACAACAGACAUGGUAUUAUCAGGUACCAAAGCAGUGUGUUAACUACUGUGUGGUUUUUGUUUUUCUCCACAGCCCUCACUCAACCCAGAGAGCAGUGGGAAGCCAGUGGCCCAGUCUCGUGCUGUAGGGACUCCUGUAGGAGUUUGGGGUAAGAAGCUCUUCCAAUCUCUAACAUGUUAUAGGUAUUGAUUAUCAUGAAUAGAUAACUUAAUAUGAGGAAGCCUGUUUCAUGGAUUGGUCAAUUCAUCCCCCACAGAGCACCCUCCUGGUGCCAAGCAGACCAUGACUAAGAUGCUGGUCAUCAAGAAGGUUUCCAAGGAAGACCCUGGUGCUGCUUUCUCUGCUGGUUUUGCCAACACGAGACCCCAUUUAACCAACAGCACCAAAACCCCUGUCUCUGGACCCAGUGUCUACAAGAACCUGAUGACCAAGCCAGCUACCGCCCCAACAAAGGUAGGCUCUCACCACAGUCACUGCCCCAACCAUGGAAAUGGAAUUACUAGAAUGGGAAAAGCCCCUCCAUAAUUAUAUUUCUAUGGCCCCAAACAAGGUAGGUCCUCACUACAGCCACCUCCUCACCCAAGAUCGGCCAUCACUACAACAAUUGCCCUACCCAAGGUUGGCACUAUAUACCAAGCUUGUCGCUCUCGCUUUGCAGACUGGUCCAUGGAAGCCGAACGGAAGGGAAACCAAAACCAGUUUUAAUUUCUCUGGCCAGGACUCAGCCUUCACCAACCCUGCUGCUUCUGUGACAAAACCUUUGAUAACGUCUGUCAGGCCCCCGGCCCACGUCAGCCCCAAGGAGGUGAGAGCCUGAACCCUUACUUGGACCAGAGAGGAAGUCAGACUAAAUACUGACCUGGAAUCACCAUUCCACCACCACCAACUCUAGCAUUGAUCGGAUAGGAUACACUUUAUUGGGGAAAUACUUUUUCCUCCAUUCCUUUCUUUACCCCUCUCACCCCUCAGCCUCCCUCCAGCAUCACCCCUCCUCGUCUGAAGCAUCGCAGCACCGACCGCAAGAGUGAGUUCCUCCAAGGCCUGAAGGAUGAGAGGAACGGGGACGGGCCCACCUCAACCAGCCCCUCAGCCACUCCAGAACCUCAGGAGAAUGGAGGAGAGGUUCCGGAGAAUGGGAUCUCUCACUCUCUCAGCAACACAGACACAGAUCACCUGUCCAGCACGCUGGAGGCAGAACACAGGUGUGUUGCACCCACAUGCACAUGCCCUCUCCCUUCACACUGCAUCAGUGACUCAAACACCAAACAUCUAUCCACCUUGUUUGACCAAUGAUCUCUGCCUCCUCUGGUAGGUUGCUCAAAGCUAUGGGCUGGCAGGAGUACCCAGAGAAUGAUGUCAACUUCUUGCCCCUCACUGAUGAGGAGCUCAAAGAAUUUCAAGAUAAAACUGAGAAGGUAAAAGCUAUACGUACAGGUAACUGCCAAAAUAAAAGAAACACUAACACUGUCUUUAAUAGGGCGCUGGGUCAUCACAUCCGUCUGAUAGGGCUGGGCGAUAUGGCUAAAAUAUAAUAUUACGGUAUUUUUCACAUUUGUUACGGAAUGACAGUAUUUUAUGUUUUUUAAAUAAUAAAAGUUCUACAUUUGCUUUAAGUAGUGCAUGACCUUAGGGUGGCAACACAUACAUUCUAAGUGAUUUCAAUGGGUCUCUCUCCAUUCUGAUUGUUAUAUACUGUUCAAUUCAACUUAACCCCCCCCCCAAAGUUCUGCAUUUUCAUCAAUUUCUGCAUUUCCUGCACUCAUUUGAGAUCAUUUCCACACUGCCACAUAGGGCUGCAUGAUAUGGGCAAAAAAUCUAGGCCUUAUUUUUUAACCAAAUGUUGCAAUUGCAAUAUGACUUGUGAUUUAGAUAAACAAUUGGGUGAACUGUUGGAAUCAUAAAAUUAUUCAAAUUCUAUAGUUGGAAGGUAAUAGUGGGCACUUGGAAUACAGUGUUUUGAUAUGGCAACUUUGGAAAAUGCCAGGGUGGAGUUAUUGUGACCGGGUAGGAACCAAAGUGUUGGUCAGUGUUUUCUCUUAGCUACUUCAAGUAACUAAUAUUCAUGCUUCGCCUAUUCCUCUUUUGAUUUAGAAGAUACUGUUGCACAAACAACAUUCUGAUUUAGGCCUCCACCAUCACUGGUAUCAGGCUGUAAAGCUAGCUACGUUUACUCUGACUCCGUACAUUUGCUAGCUAGUUAGCCAGCUAACUAGUGAUUAGCAUUAGCGGCUAGCACGACUUGCUAAGAAAAGACAAAUUAGCUGUUUGCAGAUGUAAGAAACACAAACUAAUUGCAUAAUUAUAGAACGCCUGUGGAUUUAUAUUAAGAAGCAAAGUGGAAACAGCAUCGUAGUCGUCAACAUUGUUGCAUGUGCUGCAUUGACCAUGCAGACUGAACGCAAGUGUCACGUGGUCGGGCAAAAACAGAUGCGCUCCGAGUGACAGGGGGUGGGGCUAGGCCUGUGUGGAAAGCGGCAUGGAGAGAGCGAGAUGAUUCAAGUAGCGGAGUAAACUAUAAAAAUGGACGUUACACACGGCGUAUCACAUUUAACAAACCAAACAUUCAAAUACCGUUAUAGAAGGUAAAGUACAACCCCACACCGGUCUGUGCAUCAAUACCAGUGUAUAUAGUAAAAACGGUAUACCGCCCAGUCCUACUACCAGAACGGCUUUAAUGCCUUGGCAUAUAAUCUACAAGUGUCUGGAACUCUAUUGGAGGGAAGCGACAUUAUUCUAACCACGAGAAAUUCCAUUAUUUGGUGUUUUGUAGAUGGAAGUGGAAAACGCUGUCUCAGUAAAUGAGGGAUACAAAGUACAGUACCAGUCAAAAGUUUGGACACCUACUCAUUCCAGGGUUUUUCUUAAUUUUUACUAUAUUCUACAUUGUAGAAUAAUAGUGAAGACAUCAACACUAUGAAAUAACACAUGGAAUCAUGUAGUAACCAAAAGUGUUAAAACAAAUCUAAAGUAUAUUUGAGAUUCUUCAAAGUAGCCACCCUUUGCCUUGAUGACAGCUUUGCACACGCUUCGCAUUCUCUCAACCAGCUUCAUGACCUGGAAUGUAUUUCAAUUAACAGGUGUGCCUUGUUAAUUUGUGAAAUGUCUUUCCUUAAUGCAUUUGAGCGAAUCAGUUGUUGUGACAAGUUAGGGGUGGUAAACAGAAGAUGGCCCUAUUUGGUAUAAGACCAAGUCAUAUUAUGACAAGAACAGCUCAAAUAAGCAAAGAGAAACGACAGUCCAUCAUUACUUUAAGACAUGAAGGUCAGUCACUUACUCAAGUGGUUUCCUUUAUUUUGGCAGUUACCUGUAGUUAUUUACAGUUCCUUCAGAAAGUGUCAUACCCCUUGACUUGUUCCACAUUUAGUUGUUACAGCCUGAAUUCAAAAUGGAUUAAAUGUUAAUUUUUUUUGUAACUCAUCUACACACAAUACCCCAUAAUGACAAAGUUAAAACAUGUUUUGAAAUUUCUGCAAAUUUAUUGAAAAUGAAAUGGAGAUUAAUUUACAUAAGUAUUCACACCCCUGAGUCAAUACUUUGUAGAAGCACCUUUAGUGGCGAUUUACAGCUUUGAGGCUUUUUAUUUUAAAUGUUUUGUCAUUUAGCAGAUGCUCUUAUCCAGAGCAUUUUGUGUAUGUCUGUAUCAGCUUUGCACAUCUGGAUUUGGAGAUUUCCUCCCAUUCUUCCUUGCAGAUUUUCUAAAGCGCUGUUAAAUUAGAUGGGGAGCGGCAGUGAACAGCAAUCUUCAAGUCUUUCCACAUUUAUUUAUUUUUGUUGUCAUUUAGCAGACACUCUUAUCCAGAGCGACUUACAGCGCAAUUAGGGUUAAGUGCCUUGCUCAAGGGCACGUCGACAGAUUUUUCACCAAGUCGGCUCGGGGAUUAGAACCAGCGACCUUUCAGUUACUGGCACAACACUCUUAACCACUAAACUACCUGCUGCCCCAGAUUUCCAAUGGGAUUUAAGUCUGGGCUUUGGCUGGACCACUUAAGAACUUUAACAUUCUUGUUCUGAAGCCAUUCCAGCGUUGAUUUGGCGGUAUGCUUGGUCAUUGUCCUGCUGGAACAUAUCUUCGCCCCCAGUCUAAGUUUGUUUGCAAUCUGAAGCAGGUUCUCGUCAAAGAUUUGGCUCCAUUCAUUGUUCCUUCUAUCCUUACCAGUCUCCCAGUCCCUGCCGCUGAAAAGCAUCCCCAUAGCAUGAUACUGCCACCACCAUGCGUCACGGUAGGGAUAGUGUUGUACGGGUAACGAGCUGUGCCUGGUUUUCUCGAGACAUGGCGCUUUGCAUUAAGGCCAAAGAGUUACAAUUGUCUCAUCAGACCACUGAAUCUUUUGCCUUAUGUGCAGUCUUUCACAUGCCUUUUUGCAAACUCCAGCUGUGCUGUCAUGUGCCUUUUUUCUCAUGAAUGAUCUGGCCACUCUCUCCCGUAAAGCCCAGAUUGGUGAAGUGCUGUAGAGACUUGUCCUUCUGGCAGGUUCUCCCAUCUCAGCCAAGGAACUCUGUAGUUCUGUCAGUGGUCAUUGGGUUCUUGGCCACCUCCCUGACCAAGGUCCUUCUUGCCCGGUUGCUCAGUUUGGUUGGACGGUCCAGCUCUAGGCAGAGUCUGGGUAGUUAAAUAUUCUUUCCAUUUCCCAAUGACGGAGACCACUGUGCUCUUGGAAACUUUCAACACUCCUAGAAAUUGUUUUCUACCCUUCCCCAGAUAUACUGAACAAAAAUAUAAAUAAUUUUACUGGGUUACAGUUCAUAUAAGGACAUUUGCCAAUCAGAAUGAGUUUUCCCCCACAAAAGGGCUUUAUUACAGACAUAAAUACUCCUCAGUUUCAUCAGCUGUCUGUGUGGCUGGUCUCAGACGAUCCCGCAGGUGAAGAAGCCGGAUGUGAAGGUCCUGGGCUGGCGUGGUUACACGUGGUCUGCGGUUGUGAGGCCAGAUGGACGGACUGACAAAUUCUCUAAAACAACGUUGGAGCGGCUUAUGGUAGAGAAAUGAACAUUCAAUUCUUUGGCAAGAGCUCUGGUCGACGUUCCUGCAGUCAGUAUGCUAGUUGCACGUGCCCUCAACUUGAGACAUCUGUGGUGUUGUGACACAACUGCACAUUUGAGUGGCCUUUUAUUGUCCCCAGCACAAGGUGCACCUGUGUAAUGAUCAGAUGUGAUGCUUGGCAUUCAGGCCAAAGAGUUCAAUCUUGGUUUCAUCAGACCAGAGAAUCUUGUUUCUCAUGGUCUGAGAGUCCUUUAGGUGCCUUUUGGCAAACUCCAAGCGGGCUGUCGUGCCUUUUUCUGAAUAGUGGCUUCCAUCUGGCCACUACCAUAAAGGCCUGAUUGGCACGAUCAAUUUAGAGUCUCAUAGCAAAGGGUCUGAAUGCUUAUGUAAAUAAGGUAUUUUUAUUUUUUAUAAAUUUGCAGACAUUUCUAAACCUGUUUUUGAUUUGUCAUUAUGGGGUAUUGUGUGUAGAUUGAGGGAAAAACAUUAAUUUAAUCUAUUUUAGAAUAAGGCUGUAACGUAACAAUGUGGAAAAAGGGAAGGGGUCUGAAUACUUUCCAAAUGCAUCAUCAAUUCUGUCUGAGAUCUACGACAGGUCCUUGGACAUGGCAUAGUUUCUGCUCUGACAUGCACUGUCAACUGUGGGAGCUUAUAUAGACAGGUGUUUUUUUCUACACUGAACACAAAUGUAAACGCAACAAUUUCAAAGAUUUAGCGAAGUUACAGUUCAUAUAAGGAAAUGUGUCAAUUGAAAUAGUCAUUAGGUCCUUAUCUAUGGAUUUCACAUGACUGGGAACACAGAUAUGCAAAAAAGUAGGGGCGUGGAUCAGAAAACCAGUCCGUAUCUGGUGUGACCACCAUUUGCCUCAUGCAGCGCGACACAUCUCCUUCGCAUAGAGUUGAUCAGGCUGUUGAUUGUGGAAUGUUGUCUCACUCCUCUUCAAUGGCUGUGCGACGUUGCUGGAUAUUGGCGGGAACUGGAACAAGCUAUCGUACACGUCGCUCCAGAGCAUCCCAAACAUGCUCAAUGGGUGACAUGUCUGGUGAGUAUGCAGGCCAUAGAAGAACGGGGACAUUUUCUGCUUCCAGGAAUUGUGUACGGAUCCUUGCGACAUGGGGCCGUGCAUUAUCAUGCUGAAACAUGAGGUGAUGGCGGCGGAUGAAUGGCACGACAAUGGGCCUCAGGAUCUCGUCACGGCAUCUCUGUGCAUUCAAAUUGGCAUUUAUAAAAGGCAAUUGUGUUCGUUGUCUGUAGCUUAUGCCUGCACAUAACCAUAACCCUACUCAUAAAUGCUGUCUGCCCAGUACAGUUUUCUCGAGACAUGGCGCUUUGCAUUAAGGCCAAAGAGUUACAAUUGUCUCAUCAGACCACUGAAUCUUUUGCCUUAUGUGCAGUCUUUCACAUGCCUUUUUGCAAACUCCAGCUGUGCUGUCAUGUGCCUUUUUUCUCAUGAAUGAUCUGGCCACUCUCUCCCGUAAAGCCCAGAUUGGUGAAGUGCUGUAGAGACUUGUCCUUCUGGCAGGUUCUCCCAUCUCAGCCAAGGAACUCUGUAGUUCUGUCAGUGGUCAUUGGGUUCUUGGCCACCUCCCUGACCAAGGUCCUUCUUGCCCGGUUGCUCAGUUUGGUUGGACGGUCAGCUCUAGGCAGAGUCUGGGUAGUUAAAUAUUCUUUCCAUUUCCCAAUGACGGAGACCACUGUGCUCUUGGAAACUUUCAACACUCCUAGAAAUUGUUUUCUACCCUUCCCCAGAUAUACUGAACAAAAAUAUAAAUAAUUUUACUGGGUUAGAGUUCAUAUAAGGACAUUUGCCAAUCAGAAUGAGUUUUCCCCCACAAAAGGGCUUUAUUACAGACAUAAAUACUCCUCAGUUUCAUCAGCUGUCUGUGUGGCUGGUCUCAGACGAUCCCGCAGGUGAAGAAGCCGGAUGUGAAGGUCCUGGGCUGGCGUGGUUACACGUGGUCUGCGGUUGUGAGGCCAGAUGGACGGACUGACAAAUUCUCGAAAACAACGUUGGAGCGGCUUAUGGUAGAGAAAUGAACAUUCAAUUCUUUGGCAAGAGCUCUGGUUGACGUUCCUGCAGUCAGUAUGCUAGUUGCACGUGCCCUCAACUUGAGACAUCUGUGGUGUUGUGACACAACUGCACAUUUGAGUGGCCUUUUAUUGUCCCCAGCACAAGGUGCACCUGUGUAAUGAUCAGAUGUGAUGCUUGGCAUUCAGGCCAAAGAGUUCAAUCAUGGUUUCAUCAGACCAGAGAAUCUUGUUUCUCAUGGUCUGAGAGUCCUUUAGGUGCCUUAACCCUACUGCUACCAUGGGGCACUCUGUUCACAACGUUGACAUCAGCAAACCGCUCGCCCACACAAUGUCAUAAAUGCUGUCUGCCCAGUACAGUUGAAACCGGGAUUCAUCCGUGAAGAGCACACUUCUCUAGUUGCCAUCGAAAGUGAGCAUUUGCCCACUGAAGUCGGUCACGACGCCGAACUGCAGUCAGGUCAAGACCCUGGUGAGGACGAUGAGCACGCAGAUGAGCUUCCCUGAGAUGGUUUCUGACAGUUUGUGCAGAAAUUCUUGUGCAAACCCAGAGUUUCAUCAGCUGUCUGGUGGGUGGAUUAUCUUGGCAAAGGAGAAAUGCACACUAACAGGGAUGUAAAUUAAUUUGUGCACAAAAUGUAAGAGAAAUACACUUUGUGCAUAUGGAAAAUUUCUGGGAUAUUUUAUUUCAACUCAUGAAACAUGGGACCAACACUUUACAUGUUGCAUUUUAUAUUUUUGUUCGGUAUAAAUCCUGUCCAAAUAAUUGAAUUGGCAACCGAUGUAGUGACAUCUCAAGGAUGAUGAAAGUAAAUUGGAUGCACCUGAGCUCAAUUUGGAGUGUCAUAGCAAAGGGGUGUGAAUACUAAUGUAAAUGACAGAUUUCAUUUUGAAUACAUUUGCCAACAUUUCUAAAAAAACAUGUUUUCACUUUGUCAUUAUGGGUUAUUGUGUGUAAAUGGGUGAGGGGGGAAAAUGUUUUAAUUCAUAAUAUAAUAUGCCAUUUAGCAGACGCUUUUAUCCAAAGCGACUUAGUCAUGUGUGCAUACAUGUUUAAGUAUGGGUGGUCCCGGGGAUCGAACCCACUACUCUGGCAUUACAAGCGCCAUGCUCUACCAAUUGAGGACCAAAACGUGGAAUAAAUCAAAGGGUAUGAAUACUUUCUGAAGGCACUGUAAAAUGUGUUACUGUGAGCCUAUAAGUGGGUAUCUCUGUUGUCAAUCAAUUGGUGGAUUCGAUUAUGCUGAUCCGCGGGGUCUAUGGCCCGUGACAUGAACAUGCAAAAGUGGCGAGGGAGGAUCGCCCUUCUCAAAUCUAACAGUAAUCUGUGCCGCUCGGUCAUGUUGUCAAAAAGGCAGCAUGGUGCAUCAUCCAGAAACAUACAUCUCUUUUCCAUAAAAUGUUUUGAAUUUCCAAACUAGUUUUCAUUGGCAAGGUAUAUAAAGCGUUUUUAUCAAAAGCAAUCACUUUUGCAUGUGAAAACAACACACAGAAUGCUACUCACUACUCCACGUGCUUAACGUCACUUUUGUUUUGAGCCAACUUCGCUGUGGGCUUUUAACGGGGCACCUGGCUCACGCCCAGGCAGUGGUGGAAAAAGUACCCAAUUGUCAUACUUGAGUAAAAGUAAAGAUACCUUUUUAAUAGAAAAUGACUCGUGUGAAAGUCACCCAAUAAAAUGCUAUUGAGGAAGUCAAAAACUAUAAAUAAUUUCACAUUCCUUAUAUUAAACAAACCAGACCAUUACGGAUAGCCAGGGGCACACAGACAAUCAUUUACAAACAAAGCAUUUGUUUAGUGAGUCGGCCAGAUCAGAGGCAGUAUGGAUGACCAGGGAUUUUCUCUUGAUAAGUGUGACUUGGACCAUUUUCCUGUCCUGCUAAGCAUUCGAAAUGUAACAAGUACAUUUGGUGUCAGGGAAAAUGUAUGGAGUAAAAAGUACAUUAUUUUCUUUAGGAAUGUAGUGGUGUAAAAGUUGUCAAAUAUAUAAAUAGUGAAGUACAGAUACCCCCCCAAAAACUACUUAAGUAAAACUACUUUAAAGUACUACUUAAGUACUUUACACCACUGCGCCCAGGAGGCAGCCCUGUUCCAAAACUAAUGCAAUCAACUUUCACCCGGUGCAAAACAUGCCCGCCCGGGCCAGAUUAAUCUAAUCCUCUCUUGUCUGUCUUUUCUAGCUGAAGAGGAACAGGCUGGGCCAGAACGGUGUUCUCCUAAAGCCUUUUCUGAAGGGCCUUCCCCUGCUGUUGUCCUGGAGAAACCCUUUAGAGCCUGAACUAGAAGAGGUCACAGAGACUGAGAGCACCAGUAGCAGCCAGACAUCAGAUGACGACGCAGAUGCC